AUUUUUGUCAAGAAUGAAGAUUGGUGAACUCCGACCAGAGCAGUCGGCGACGGUUGAAGCUUUGGUACGUGAACUACAAAACUUGGAUAGCAAUGCAUUUCCUGCUUUGUACUCUCUGGCAGAAAAUGAACUCUUCCGUCUGCGUGGCGGCAUUGCAGACUCAUUUGACUUGGUCAGCAACAAACCAGUAAAAGUAAGGGCGAAAAUAGAGAUACCACAGGAACAAUACCCCGCUAUUAAUUUUGUUGGAAAACUUCUUGGUCCGGGAGGUCAAACAUUGAGAGCAGUGCAAGAAACCACCAAAACAAAGAUGGCGAUCUUAGGUGCUGGCAGUCUGAGGGAUGACGCUAAAGAAAAGCAGCUCCUCUCCAAUGGUGAUCCGAAAUAUCAGCAUCUCAAGCAAAAGCUGCACCUGCAAGUUGAUAGUUUAGGACCACCCUCGGAAUCAUGUUAUCGGUUGGCCCAUGCAUUAGCGGAAGUAAGGAAGAUCAUGCUACCAGAGCAAACAGAACCCACAGCUCAACAAUGGGUUCAGCAAAGCCAGCCUUUGCCUGUGCCUGGAAGGAAUGUUCCUAUCAGAAGCAUCCGUCCUCCUUUGCGCGGUCCACCACCACCACUUCAAGCUCCCUUCCCUGCACCCCCAGUGCAGCUCCCCUUCCGCGGUCGAGGUAAGCCUUGGAUAGGCAGGGGCGUUGCUAAGAACGGUGUUGCUGUCCAACCACCAGUUCCUGGUGCUUCCGAGGUGUACGCUAAUGAACUGAAUACAGUUGCCUACCCUCCAAUAACUCUGUAUGAGCAGACUGAUUUCAAUUCCCAUGUUUUUGAAGACUUUGGAACAAACUAUGGACAAGACGACACUUGGGGAAAAGUCAGCAUCCCAGAACCUCGAGGACGAGGCCGAGGCCAUCCAUACGCGCGUCCAGGAAUCAAUAAUGAUCACAAUAAUUUCGGGUAAAUAACUAAUUUGACCAUGAGGCUCCGUCAUCAAAAAUAAUCAAUAAUGACAAUGAAGCCAGAGGUGCAUUUCAUGUUUGUCUUCGCCAAUCAAAUACCACUAAACUCGGUUGUGAUGCAAAGUGCUACAACAGUAUGUCUUUUUGUCCUUCCAUGUUAUUUGGCAAGUGAGAUGGAAUCGAAGGUGAAAUCUCAAUUUCGAUUUUCAAUCUUGGAUAUCCACUUAGUGUUAUCAGGUUGGUCGCAUCAAAUCCGUUCAAUCAAAACCUUUUGUUAUCUGCUGUGUUCUCCUUGAUUCUCUAUCUGCCUUUAUGGCUUCAUAAUUGCUUUGGCCAGUUUAAACGGACAUCAUUAUAUUCUUCAUUGAUCAUUGGUCCAAAAGUUCUCCAAAUAAUAUUACCCUAAUUAAUCCAAAUAUUGCAAGUAAUACGACUUAAACUGAUAAUGACAGCGAAUUCGAAUCAACCCACCGGAAAUGCAAUGACUUGCACCGACAUUAUAUUCAGCCUUUGUGGUUCAAUACAAUACAUUCCACUAUAAACACAAUCAGUUUGUUUUUCUUAACAAAUGAAGACUUCUUAUAUAUUGUGUAUUGUGAAGCAGCCGGUCACGCUCUUUAAAUGAAGCCAAAAGACCUGCAUUCUGACAACGGCUUAAGUAUAUUCUCCAAGUAUAUAACAUUGGUUGAAUUAUACUGUUCAUCAAAACGAGUUCUCAAUCUAAGAAAAAUAAUUAUCUGCGUCUUUGAUAUCAACGCGUGUUUCCAUGUAUGAAUGUGAACUAACAGUUGAAAAAGUAGGGUCUGUACUGUACGAUAAGAAGAAUUUCUCCUAAUUAUAUCUAUCCCCAUCGAGUUGAUGAAUGGAGAUGAAUCACACUGGUGGGGAGGGAUUGCAUUCAGAGGAACAACCACUGAAAUUUCCUCGUCAAACCAUUUAUGGCUAAUCACCUAUCAAUAAAAUGUCUGAUGUGUGCAUAUCCGACAUCUACCCUGAAACGGAAUCGUUAAACAGAUCUCAGUAAAUCUGGACGAGUUCUGCUAUUUAACUGGAAGAACCUUGCUGGACUAUAUUCUGAUGUUAAAUCAGUUAGUGUGAGCCGCCUAAACGCAGUUUCAGUAUAGUUUUUCAAAUGUAUAUCGAGUUGCAUGUUUCGUAAAUAUCAAUUAAUCUUAAUGAACGCCUGGCUGCCGACCUUAUGUACCAUGGCUCAAUUGAUAGAAAUUUGUCUGAGCCUUCUAGAACGGUGACAGACCACGUCUCUCGUUUUCGACAGAGUAUUUACUUUUCUACAAAUGUUACUUUGCUUCUAGAAUUUUCUAGACAAUGUUACAUCAAGUAGCACUAACACACACGACUUCCUGUACAUACCUAAACUUUGAGUAAAGCGUUUUUUCACUUC